AUGGUUUUUAUGUCGGAGGUUUUGUGUAUUGUGGCGGAGAUGAAAGUCGGAGCUCCGAGAAAGAUAUGUGGUUGGGUCAUAUUCCAAGUUCUUCUCCUGCAUCUCCUUCAAAGUGUCCAUUCUCAGAGAUCACAAAACAAACUUAACAUCACAAAGCCUGGACAAAACAUAUCAGCCCUAACAGUUCAGCUAAGUGGAGUUGAUCAGGACAAAGUGGUAAUUGAUAAUGGUAUUAUUCAAGUUACUUUUUCGAGCCCACAAGGUUCGAUAACUGGAAUUAGAUACAAUGGCAUCGACAACGUGUUGGACGACGAAGUUGACUAUCGUCGCCGUGGGUAUUGGGACGUAGCCUGGUAUGACCGGGAAAGAAAUUCAAAACUGACAAGUGAAUUAGAAGGAACUAGAUUUGAAAUCAUAACUGAGAAUGAAGAACAAGUUGAGAUUUCAUUUACAAGGACUUGGACGAUCUCUAAAGGUGGCUCCAUGGUCCCCCUUAACGUAGAUAAGAGGUACAUUAUUCGAACUGGUGUCUCCGGAAUAUACAUGUACGCUAUAUUGGAGAGGUUAGAAGGCUGGCCCGACGUGGACAUGGACCAAAUUAGGAUGGUAUUCAAGCUCAACCACACAAAGUUUGAUUUCAUGGCAAUAUCUGAUGAUCGGCAGAGAAGCAUGCCGUCCAUGGCAGAUCGGAACCAUGCUAAGCCAUUAGCAUACAAAGAAGCUGUUCUUUUGACAAAUCCAAGGAACCCUAUGUUCAAAGGAGAGGUAGACGAUAAGUAUAUGUACUCAAUGGAAGACAAAGACAACAACGUUCAUGGUUGGAUCUCGUCGGAUCCACCGGUUGGAUUUUGGAUGAUAACUCCGAGCGAUGAGUUUCGACUUGGUGGACCCAUCAAGCAAGACCUCACCUCUCACGCUGGACCUAUCACCCUCUCCAUGUUUAUGAGCACGCACUACGCGGGGAAAGAGAUGAGAAUGGGCUACAGAAAUGGAGAACCAUGGAAGAAGGUGUUUGGACCUGUCUUGGCUUAUCUAAACUCUGUCUCUCACAAUGCUUCCACUCUUCAUCUAUGGAGAGAUGCCAAACGACAGAUGGCUGCAGAGGUCCAAAGCUGGCCUUAUGAUUUUGUAGAUUCAGAAGAUUACCCUCUUAGUCAUCAAAGAGGAAGAAUCCAAGGUCAAUUCUAUAUCAAAGAUAGGUCAAAUAUAUAUGGGAAAUUUGCUUUUAUUGGUUUGGCACCAGUUGGUGAAGCCGGUUCAUGGCAAACCGAAUCCAAGGGGUAUCAGUUUUGGACGAAAGCUGAUAGAAAAGGGAGAUUCGUAAUAGAGAAUGUGAGGACAGGCGACUAUAGUCUCUAUGCAUGGUGUAUUGGUUUUAUCGGUGAUUAUAAAUAUGAGCAAAACAUUACCAUCACGCCAG